AUGUCCACAAGAUUAUUACCGUGUCGGCACGUCUUUUACGUUCGCAAGAACGAGAACUUUGAUACGAUUAUUCCGGUCAAGUUGUUACAUCCGCGCUGGUUACUCUCAACGUUCAAGUGCCCAACACUGAGUAUCUCACCUCCUAUGACUCCGUUUCGUGUUGGUUCUGUGAUUCCCCGUACGACCACAGUUCCUUGGGAUACGAACCGCAAAUUUCGAGAGGCGCAGUGUGUUUCUAACGCUAUCGCGAGCAACAUUAGCUACUUAGGAAUGAGAGAGUGUGCUGUUGCUAUGAAUGUGCUGCAAACGGUGAGCGAGAUAUUUGCGGCGAAACAGUUCGACAGAAUCAUCCCCGCUCGAAACUCGUACAUGGACCGCAGUUCUCAAACCAGUAUCAGUAGAGGACUACAGCUGUCUCCAGAUAGUAAUCUGAACAGCAACGGGAACGACAUUACUGAAGCCUCACUCGCACACAUUUCGGAGGAUAUGCAAUCCGCCACUGGACCGGACGGUGAUGAUACUGCAAAUGGAGAAUCAGGAACUGGUUUUACUGGUCGUGAUAUGCAAUCAGACGCAGAACCGCACAAUUCUGGUACUGCAAUUUGA